CCUUCCUGCCCCCGCCGGAAGCGGCCGCGGCGCCCGGCAUGGCGGUGGCGGUCGGCGGUGGCCGCAGGGCGGGCGGCAGCAGCGGGGCGUAGCGCAGGGCUCGCCGCCAUGCCCAAGUACUACGAGGAGAAGGAGGAGGACGGGCGCGCCUGCGGCGGCGUGAGGGAGGAUCUGCGGCAGUGCCUGCUGGAGAGCCCCUGCGUGCUGCAGGAAAAGAAAAGCCCUAAACAGUGCUUGAGGGAAGGACACUGUAGGAGUUUGCAAGUGACUUUCUUUGCAUGCAAAAGAUCAAUGUUGGAUACCAGGGCAAGAUUCAGAGGAAGGAAGGGGUACUGAAGUCCUCAUCAAGAGACCUAGCCAUGGGAAUUUAGGAUUCAUCAGCACUCUACACAAAAGCAGAGACUAAAGUAAGAAGAUGGUACCUGCUGCAUCCUUUCAUGYGGUGUUUUCAUGGAAGGUAUCUACUCCUGAGCAUUCUGACAGAUUGACUUGAAUGUCAAAAAGAAGGCAAGCAUAAAGCUGCAAGUUCUGGCCAAAAUGGGUGCUUGUCAUGUAUUUGCAAUAAAAAUGUGAAAUCCAGAACAAGCUGCAGAAGUUAUUCUGUUUUGAGGUUGUCUUUUGUGACUUAACUGUAAAUUCUGGUAAUCUUUUACUAUUAGAAAUAAUACAGGAUAUGGAACUGGGARUUCACUUGAUGUGUUGAGGAGUUACCUUAGUAGACAUAUAUCCCAGAGAGUUUGUCAGAAUAGAACUAUUUUCAGAGAUGAGGAAUUGACCAAGGUUGUAAAAUGUGUGUGCAAGCUGCUUCCUCUACAGUAGGUUUGCUACCCAAUAAACCUGUACUAAAGAUGGGAGUGGUGAUGUUUUUCAGUCCCACACUGGUAGGGAAGUGGGAUUUAUAAGAAUAAGAAGCAUUAAGUAGUGCUUAUACCAUGACUGUGGUCAGUAUUAAUUGGUUCUAUAKAAGAACUCUUUAUCCAGAGGAGCAUUUUUUUCUAUUCCUUCAGAAUCAAGACCUCUACAGGCCUGUAUUAAAUAAAUGAUAAUGUAACUCUUGCGCGUAAAAGCUCAAAUAACUUCAGACAAGCUGAUUAGAAACAAGGUUAGGAAAUAGUGAGAGGGGAGAGGACUGUAGUAACUUCUUUUCUUGGCUGAAGCUUAUAGCCAAGUGUCUGAUUUACAUUCAGUCUGAACAGAUGCAUGCAACACUUAUUGUUUCUAAAAUUGAUGACUUCAGUGAAUGAGCACAUGUUGACUGUUUAAUUCUGUCUUCUUAAGCAACUGUUCUCUAAUGAGUCAGAGAAUGUUUAUAUUCCUUGUAUGUGUAGGACUUUAUUUUUGCCCUCUAAAUCAACACUGAUUUCACAUUUUCAUGUUCUGUUGCUCAUGUGGAAGCUAGUUCUGUAAGCAUCCUUUGUU